AUGCUCUCGAGUGAAGAAGUGCGAGCGAAAACACUCUCGAGUGAGGAAAAUGACCUGCUGCAAAGGUCGAAUAAAAAGUUUAAGAGAUUGGAGUGUGAUUCUCCUACUGAGGGUAAUGAUGUGUCCAUGGUACCGGAUACUAUGGAUACAACAUUGAAUCUGAACAAGACUAUUUCAUAUAGUCAAGCAGCGAGAGGGUUUGGGGGCUCAAGAAACCCUUUGUUUGAAGGAGAGGUUCCGGACUCAGAAAUCAUCUCCGAAGAUGAACAAGAAUCAGAUGAUGAUUCAGGGGAUUUGGCUUGCCCUACUAUUAGGCUAACGCGAGAGGAAAAAAGGAGAAUCAGAGUCCCAUGGAAGAACUCGUUGAUUAUCAAGUUAUUUGAUAAGAAACUUGGGUAUGAUGUUCUGAUGAGGAGGUUAAAGGCAAAAUGGACCUUAAAGGGAGAGAUUGCCUUAAUUGAUGUUGGCCAUGCUUACUAUGUGGUUCGAUUUAGUAAUCUCGAAGAUUAUGAUUUUGUCCUCACCCAAGGACCUUGGAUGAUAGGGGAGAGUUAUCUUACGAUCAAAAAAUGGGUUCCAAACUUCAUAGCUGAUGAAGCCCCAAUCAAGACUCUCACUGCGUGGGUCAGGAUCCCCCAUCUAUCAGUGGAAUAUUUCGAUAAGCAGAUUUUACAUAAGAUCGGAUCCAAAAUAGGCAACGUGAUAAAAAUUGACCGCAAUACAGCUUCAAUGGAUAGGGGUCAAUAUGUAAGAUUCUGUAUUGAAGUGGAUUUAUCCAAACCCUUGCUAUCAAAGUUUAAACUUAAUAAGAGGACAUGGAUCAUUCAGUAUGAAGGAUUGAAAAUGAUUUGCUUUAAGUGUGGCCAUUUGGGACACAAAGAGGACAAUUGUACUUAG